AUGCCUAUAAAAAUAUUGCUCGCCAGGCAAAUUCUUGAUGCGACUGGAAAACCAACGAUAGAGGUAGAUAUGGUUACAGAGCUUGGGUUAUUCCGCAUCGGUGUACCGUCUACUGACUAUAAGAAAAUUGCUGAGGCUGUACAGCUCCGUGACGGCAACCCAGCUGAGUACAACGGCAUGGGUGUAACAUCGGCUGUAAAAAAUAUAAAUACAAUAAUUGCGCCGGAACUGAUAAAACAAAAUCUAGAAGUCACAAUGCAGAAAGAGAUAGACCAGUUUAUGAUUGCCCUUGAUGGAACGGAAAAUAAGUCAAGACUUGGGGCUAAUGCUAUAAUGGCGGUAUCACUCGUAGUAGCUAAAGCUGGUGGCGCUAAGAAAGGUGUGCCUUUAUACAGGCACAUUUCUGAUAUGGCUGGAGUUACAAGUAUUAUAUUGCCAGUACCGCACUUUGUUAUCCUGACAGGAGGCAUUCUUUCAUCCAAUGGCCUACCAUUUCAAGAGUACAUCAUCAUGCCAACUGGUGCAUCUUCUUUCGCUGAAGCGGUCCGAAUCGGUGCUGAAAUAUAUCAAUACGUAAAGAAUGUCAUUAAAACUAAAUAUUCUGUGGAAAAUACGUAUGUGAGUGAUUCAGGAGGUUUUGCGAUACCGUUGGAAAGUCAUAGAGAUGCUCUUCUUUUUCUAACCGACGCUAUCAAGCAAUGUGGCUUCGUUGGCAAAGCGGAAAUUGCAAUAAAUGCCGCGGCGACAGAUUUAUUUAAGGAUGGCGCUUAUGAUUUGGAAUUUAAGAAUCCAAAUUCAAAUCCACAAGAAUAUAUGUCAUCAGAUAAAUUGGCUGAAGUUUACUUGGAUAAUAUGAAAGAAUUCCCCGUCUGUUCCGUGGAAGACGCUUUUGAAUUUGACGAUUGGGCGGCUUGGUCUACCUUAACAGCUCGAACGCAGAGUCAGAUUUUCGGAAACGACCUCACUCAAACCAACCUUCGGAGAGUUGGCUUGGCAGUUGAGAAAAAAGCAGGGAACACAAUCGCGCUGAGAAUCAAUCAAGCCGGCACGCUAACAGAAGUAAUUGAAGCGUUUAAAUUGUUGAAGGCAAAUGGUUUCGGUAUCGUUGUUUGCGACCGAUGGGGAGAUACAGAUGAUUUAUUUAUAGCUGAUCUCGUCGUUGGCAUGUCUGCUGGUCAAGUGAAAUGUGGCGGUCCAGCGCGUGGCGAACAUGUCGGAAAAUAUAACCAAAUAUUAAGAAUUGAGGAGGAAUUAGGUGCUUUAUCCAAAUACGCUGGAAAGAAUUAUCGUAAUCAAAUGUGA